AUGCCCACCGUGUACGACGGCACGAGAGGCAGCAGUCAUGGCGACCUGUUCAUGGGGAUGAAGCUCUUCAUCUCUCUUCGUGUGCCUCAACGGGAGAGAUGGGUCAACCUUGUCCAGGGCAACGGAGGCGAGGUGGUCAAGCUGGAGAAGCAGGCCGACAUGCUCAUUGCCGACCAUAUCAAGAGGAAAGGUGUUGCUCCACCUUCCGACUCAUACUCGUGGCAAUGGAUCGAAUACUCGGUUAAGAAUGGCUUCCUGCAGCCCAAGGACGACUACCGAAUCGAAGGUGUCCCAGCAGCCGGGGCUUCCGCGCCCGCGAAGGGCAAACAACGUGUUAAGUUCACCAAAGAAGACGACGAAAUCUUGGCGAAGUUCGUCUUGAACCACGAGAGACAGGGUAAUGCUACCAGGGGCAACGUCAUCUUUGAGGAUCUCUAUAAACAGUAUGAUCAUCACUCAGCGCAGUCCUGGAGGGAUCGCUGGGUCAAAUACGUCUCCAAUCGACCACGUCCAAAUCUGCCUCAAGAGGAUCCGCAGCUGGAUGCCGGAGUGCGAGGCUCACCUGGACAUCACCCUAGCUCGGCUCUCAUGAGGGGUUAUCUACUACGAAUGAGGAAAGCCGAGGGACUACUUGAUUCUCUGGAGGCAAAUUCCGAGCCACUUGAGGCCGGUCAGGACGAAUACGCCGAACAGUACGAGGACGCCCAGGAGGAAUUGAACCCAGAAGUGGACGGGAAUGAUUCGAGCUUCAGAGAUCAGUUUUACGAAGAUCUCCAAGAUUACCUUGAAGUGAGUGGCGCCGAGAUUGAGCGUCACCCUGUCGUCGAUGGGCGCGAGGUUGAGCUGUGGGACCUGUUUUCGGUUGCAACACAACAGGACUGUGCGGUCGAGGACCGUGACUGGAAGAAGGUGGCACAGCGGCUUGGCUUCGACUGGACGAGCUCUACAGGAUGCGUCAAGGACUUGAAAGAGUGCUACGAUCGCAAUCUUGCAGAGUUCGAAGAAGCCAUCGGCUCCUCCGAUGAUCAAGAUGACACGGCGAGGGGCGAAGAAGAACAAGCGACCUACGACAACGAAGAACAGGGGCUGCCCCAAACAUCGGAUGCUAUGACCGCGCCUAAGGAGCCUUCCCCAGCCCGCUUAUCGCCCCCAUACCGAUCUUCCUCACCGGUCGCAGGCGUGAAACGAUCCUUUCAGCAGUCAACUGAUCCGCAAUCGGAACUUGGUUAUCCUUCGGACGGGUCCGGUAAACGGCGACGGCGUGAUCGGGGGAAGGCAAUUCCGCAAACACCGGACCACAAGCUCGGAUUGGAAGCAGGAACCAGCAGUCGCGCCGCGGCGCAAGGCUUUUCCUCGCCUUUGAGGUCUCGAGGAGCUGCUACAGGACGCGACGGCGUGUACUCGGUGGACGAUGUAGACGACUUUUUGAACAAUGGUAUGCAUGACAUCCAAGAGAUCGAUGACCUCCCUGAUAUUCCGCCUCCAAGGAAAAAGAGAUUUGUCGAGCCUGAGACUCAGGAUUUCGGAGCUGUUGUGGACGGUGACGAUGUUCGCCUGUCCACCGAAGAAACCAACACUGGCUACAUGACAGACGAAGAUGAUAUUAGCCCCUCACAGCAACUUCAGUCUGAAUUUCAUGCCUUUUCAAGCCCUGCACAUCCUGUCCCAAUCAGAGGCAACGGCACUGCGUCUGCAAGUCGACCGCCUUUCGUGGAGACUAGGCCUAGGCCACCGGGAAGGCCGGCCAAGGACACACACACUUCUGCCUCCGGGACCGCAACUACCAAUGGGUCUGCCAAAGGCGGCACAGCACACAACCGGGCCUCGACCUUGAAGGCUACGAAGCGGUCACUGCCACAGCAAUAUCAGGCACAGCCAGCUGUUUCCGCUGCUGCACGCCCUCCUGCUUCAGCACCCAUACGAAACGGCGUAGCCGCACCGCCUCUGCAGUCGAGGCCGCCGAUUGUAGCUCGACCCACAGCUGUAGCUCCCGUCCACAGCCCUGAUGUUGUCAUGCAAAGGUCCAGGCAAAGAAUGUCUGCAACACCCACACGGCCUGUGCAGUCGUCAGCGCAACCGCGUAACUUUCCCGAUUUCGGCGAGGAGUAUGUCGAUGCCCAAUUUGAGCAUUUUUUGGCCUUUGGAUAUGACACGCGUCACAUCGGACAGGCUAUGGAAGUGGCCUCUCUCCAGCGUGGCCCCAUGACUGUUGCGCUUCAAUCACUCGCGGCCGGGAAAGGACUUCCUCAGAACGCGGCAGGGGUGUGGACAGAUGAGGACGACGAUAAGUUGAGGAAGGUCAGGGCUUACGAUCGAAGGCAGAAAUCAGGAGCUCCAUCCUCGGGUUCUGGUGAAAAUAGCGGCGAGAAGGCGCAGGUGGAACGAUACAGAAGCUUCUUGCUGACGAAGCAUCAGUCGUGGUUUGCUUACAGGUUGGCAUUCAUGAACUUGAUGGAUAAGGAGACGGCUGCAUAA